CGGGAAUAGAAGGGCAAGGCCGGCCAAGAGCGCAGCAUAAAAGCGGGCGCAGGUCCCCGGCUGCAGCAAAGCUGUUGCAGCCCAGGGCAGCUGAUGAAGACAACGGCUGUGCUUGCUGUCAGCAAUGGCAUCUGAAAUCCACAUGCCGGUGCCUGUCUGCCUCAUCGAGAACACCCCGGAGAAGGGGCUGGUGGUCCAGCCAGAGGCCCUGCGGGUGCUGUCCAAGGUCACCCAGCCUGUGGUGGUGGUGGCCAUCACGGGGCCGUACCGCACUGGCAAGUCCUACCUCAUGAACAGGCUGGCUCGUCAGAGGAAAGGUUUCUCCUUGGGCUCCAGUGUGCAGUCCCACACCAAAGGGAUCUGGAUGUGGUGUGUACCUCACCCCCGCCGGCCUGGACACGCUCUGCUGCUGCUGGACACUGAAGGGCUGGGCGACGUGGGGAAGGGCGACACCAGGAACGACACCUGGAUCUUUACACUGGCCGUGCUGCUCUCCAGCACCCUGAUCUACAACAGCAAAGGCACCAUUGACCAGCAAGCCAUGGAGCAGCUGCACUAUGUGCUGAAGCUGUCGGAGCGCGUCCAGCUGAAAGCAGGACCCAAGGAGGGAGAACUGAAAGACUCAGAAAAAUUUGUCAGCUUCUUCCCGACUUUUGUCUGGGCUGUCCGGGAUUUCACACUGCAGCUGGAGGUGGACGGGAAGGAAAUCUCUGAGGAUGAAUACCUGGAGAACGCGCUGAAGUUAAAGGCUGGUGAGGGAAUGGUGCUGUGCUGCUGGAGAGGCCCAGCCCCAGCCCCAGCAGCAUUUCCCCGGGCGAAGCUGCCAACGGAGACUGUUGGGGAGCUGCUGGAGCUGCACGCCCAGUGCGAGCGGGAGGCGCUGGAGCUGUUCAUGGCACGGGCAUUCAAGGAUGACAUCUGGGAAUUCCAGGCAGAGCUGAUACACCAGGUAGAGGCAGUCAAGGAGAAGUUCUUCAGGGACAAUGAGCAGGCGUCCUGGGACAAGUGCAAGGCUGCUCUCAGAGACCUCUCCCAAGACAUGGAGAGACAAAUCUGUGAGGGUGCCUACAGCGUGCCUGGGGGUUAUGAGCUGUUCAGAGGAGACGAGCAGGCAGUGGUGGAGAAAUACCGGGAACUGCCUGGCAAGGGGGUGAAGGCUGAUGCUGUCCUUCAGGAGUUCCUGCAAAGCCAUGAGGCUCUGGCCAAAAGCAUCCUCAACACAGACCGCUCACUGACGGAGAAGGAGAGGGAGCUGAAAAGCACCUUGUGGGCU